AUGGCUGCCAAGAUAGCGAGCUUCUUGGGCCUUUUCAGCCUCCCCUAUCAUUCUCUGGUGCAUGGCCUCGACCCCUGCGAGACCAUCUCUCGCGAUGUCAUCAUCCUGGGGGGAGGCAGUACCGGCACCUACGCGGCCAUCCGCCUCAAGGAUCAAGGCAAGACCGUGGCAGUGGUCGAACGCAACGACUACCUGGGGGGCCACGGGGCCACCUACUACACGGCGGACCACACGCCGCUCAACUUUGGGGUGGAGGGGUUCUUCAACACGAGCAGGACGCGCGAGUAUCUCGAACGCCUCCAGGUGCCCUAUGCAGGGCGCACGCCAGCCCCCGCGCGCGAGGUCUACCUGAACCUCAACACCGGCCACCGCGUCGAAUACCCGCCCGGCCAGCGCCAGCCCCCAGACGUCUGGGCCAAAUGGGUCGCUGCCAUCGCCCCCUUUGGGUUCCUGGACGAGGGGGUCUACCGCCUCCCCGAGCCGGUGCCCGAGGCGCUCAUCACCCCCUUCGCCGUCUUCGUGCAGCAGCACCAGCUCGAGGACGCCGUCUACGCCCUCUUCUCGCACACCUCGGGCGACCUCCUCGAGAUGCUCACCCUGUAUGUCAUCCAGUACAUCGGGGUGCCCCACGCCCUCGCCCUGCGCGACGGCUACAUCCGCCCCGUCGAGGGCAUCGCCGCCCUCUACCAGCGCGCCGCGCAGGAACUCGGUCCCGAUGUGCUCCUGCAAUCCGUCCCGGAGGCCGUGCAGCGCGCGGACGACGGGGUGCAAGUCCUCGUGCGCAGCAGCAGCAGCAGCAGCACCGCCGACGGCAACGACAACAGCUCCUCCACGAGACGCCUCCUCCAGGCCAAGCAGCUGCUCGUCACCAUCCCCCCCCUACUGGACAAUCUGCACAGCUUCGCGUUGACGGAUCAGGAAUCCCAGCUCUUCGCCAAAUGGCAGUACCACCAGUACUGGGCGGCGCUGCUCAACGACACGGGGCUCCCGGACGAUGUCAACCUGAUCAACGUCGACACAGACCGGCUGUACGGGGUGCCUGCGGAACCGCUCAUUUGGCGCCUGGAUAACCACUGGGCCCCCGGCUACCACAAUCUCAAGCUCGUUGGGGGGCCGAACUUUGACGAGGAAGCGGCCAAGAAGUACAUGUACGAGAAGCUGGAUCUCCUGCGCGAGAAGGGGGUCUACUCGACACAUAAGCCCGAGAUUGUCAGGUUUGCGAGUCACACCCCGGUCACGAUGUUUGUCUCGGCGGAGGAGAUCCGCAAGGGCUUCUAUCGGAAGCUCUAUGCGCUGCAAGGGGUGCAGAGCACGUUCUGGACGGGCGCGACUUGGGCGUCGGAUUACUCGACUUUGUUGUGGGGGUACACGGAUGAGGUUCUCCAGCAGAUGGGUUCUUCCUAG